AUGGAAAAAAAUGUGAAGAAAAAGAAUGUGAACAAAACCUGUAACGCUCUACCAACUGCUGGAGAGACCCCUGCUAGUGUCUCUAGCAUCUUGCCUUCAGAGCAAGUUUCACCGUCUAAUGUGUCAGACCUUCACACAAUUUUGCCCAAAGUAGUACGUCUGGAAACUGGACCUCAGAAAACACGACCAGGCACUGCAAUAAUAUCAAAACUGUCAGAUUCUUCAAACAUGUCUCGGACACCACUAAAUCGGCCUGUCAUCCCACCAAGAAGACCUUGCUUCAGGGUAUGCUAUAUCUGUGGCAGAGAAUUUGGGUCACAGUCUAUUUCUAUACACGAACCCCAGUGCCUAGAGAAGUGGCGUAUUGAAAACAGUCAGCUACCAAGGCAUCUCAGAAGAGCAGAGCCCAGGAAACCUGAGGUCCUUACUGACAGUUCCUAUAUGCUUACAGCUGAAAAUGAGGCAGCUUAUCACAGUGCUCAAGCCCAGCUCCUGCCCUGUGAAAACUGUGGACGAACCUUCCUUCCUGACCGUCUCGUUGUGCACCAAAGGAGCUGCAGAGGAGGUAGCCGUGGUGUGGGACUGUCAAAUUCUAGCCCCCAUAACUCUGGUAAAGGCCCAAGCUCUGGAUCUGGCUCAGCAAGUGAUGAUCCAUCUAAGACCCGUCAAGGAAAGAGCAAGGCUCCACUGGCCGUAUUAGACAAGGCACAAGCCAUAAGACGGCCACCAGCAGUGAUUUGUUACAUAUGUGGGCGUGAGUAUGGAACAAAAUCUAUUAGCAUACAUGAGCCACAAUGCCUGAAAAAAUGGCACCAGGAGAAUGACAUGCUACCCAAGCACUUGAGAAGGCCAGAGCCCAAAAAGCCUGAAGUCAGUCCUGUACAAGCCAAAGGUUUCUAUGAUCUUGAUUCUUUAAAUGAGGCUGCCUGGAUCAGCGCCCAGAACCAGCUAGUUCCAUGUGAUAUUUGUGGGCGUACUUUUCUUCCAGACAGACUGAUCGUCCACCAGCGGUCCUGUAAACCGAAGAAACCAAGUAGCUCCUUUGGAUUUAUUGUUUUUGCAGGGUUCUUUGUCCUUGGCCAUCUUUGGAACAAGACUAUCUUGUUGACUCCCACUCAGAGUUUAAAUCCGUGGAGCACUGCAGUGUUCACAUCCUCAUGGGACACUGAAGCUCGUGAAGCCCUUGCCUGCUACAAGUGA